UUCGAUAAUCUCCUCAAUCUCGAAGAACAGUACUACCAAGAAGGCUACGAUCUCGGUAUCGCAGAUGGCUCACGCGCUGGGCGAAUCGAAGGACGGAUCUUCGGGCUCGAAAAGGGCUUUGAAAAGUACAUCGCAAUGGGCCAACUCGCCGGCAGAGCAGCAGUCUGGAAUGCGCGCAUCUCUCCCAGCCCAUCGUCUCAAAGCACUUCUUCUGCGCUGGCGUUGUCUGAGAAUGCCCGGAUGCAGAAACAUGUGAAGCGCUUGAAAGAUCUGACUGAUGUCGAGACUCUGCCCACAGAGAACAACGAAGACGCGGUUACCGAUUUCGAUGACAGACUCAAGGACGCGCAGGCCAAAGCUACACUGAUCUCCAGAAUGGCGGGGGAA